AUGAAUACCCUCCCAGCAGAUGACACCGAUCCUAAGACACACACAAAAGAAAGAAUAUCUGAAGACAAACGACAAUGCUCUGUGAAAGCCCUUCAGUCCUUACCACCAUUUGAUGCUGUUAUAGCUACAGAUGGCGGAGUCAACGUUAGCGAAGGUAAAUCAGUAGGCAUUGCCACCACUAUACCUGAACCCUACACGCCAACCCGGGCGAGUGUUGUCCACAUCAACUGUGGACCCAUCGCUUGCAGUUACCGAGCGGAGUGCCUCGGCCUCCUCUUGGCGCUUGAAAAACUCGUCUCAGAGAUCAUAAAUAACGAGAGCCGCAUGUUUCCCGCCCACCAUAAAUCAAUCCUCAUCGUUACCGACAGCCUUUUGCUAGUGUUAGCGCUCAACACUGGACCUCUCACCCAGACUUCCUUCAUCGAGGACACCUUAUGGUACCACCUUCUUGAAAUCGAAAAUCAGGGUUGGUGA